AUGGUGAAAUUCUAUGACUCGAUAUCCAAAGACCACCAAGAAUGGGCUCUACGGCAAGAUCUCUUCUUCAUUGCCACGGCUCCUCUAGUAGGCAGGCAUAUCAACCUCUCGCCGAAAGGACAGCCCUCCUCGACCCUGACAAUCCUGGACGGCAAUCAUGUGGGCUAUUUGGACGCGACAGGGUCCGGGAUCGAGACUGUGAGCCRUAUAUAUGAGAACCGAAGGGCUACGAUAAUGUUCUGCAGCUUUGCAUCAUCUCCUCGUAUCAUGCGAUGGUUCUGCCACGGGAGAGUCAUAGAAGUCGACCAUCCUGGAUACUCCUCCUGGCUGGCAAAGCUGGGCAAGAAAGAAUACCCAUCUAUGAGAGCGAUCAUCUUGUUCGAGGUGUUCAAAGUCCAAACUUCUUGUGGAUUCGCCGUUCCACUGCUUUCUCAGCGUAUGAAUCCUGGCGGACAUGACGAAGGCCCUCGGGGAUGCUUCAUCCAACGUAAGACUCUCGAGAACUUUGCUACGAAGAGUAUGGGCUACCCUGUGGAGAUGAAUGCCUAUAGGGUGAAGAUGAACUCAAGGAGUCUUGAUGGAUGUCCUGGAUUGCGGGUUGCCAGGAAGAAUGGUGGGGAAUAUCUGCUGCUGCAAGAUGUGAGACAUUGGCUUAGGACGAUUCUAUGUCAAUGGCAGGCUAUGGUGCUUGGUGCUGUACUAGCCAUUGUCCUAGUCGAAGUGCUUCCAGCCAUGAUCAAAAUGUCCAACCUAGCGACAUCAAACUUCGCGAGUCGCUACUACAGCCUCGAAGAUAUUGUAGGCUAA